AUGCCCCGUCCCAUCCUCCCACCAACACCCCAAUCAUCACUCGACCUCCCGCCCAAGCUCCCGCCCAGCCUGUCGUCCCUCGAGCUCGCAUUCACGCUCCCUCCGCCCGCCCUCGGCUCAAAAGAUGUCUCUCCCACAACCACAACCACCACCGUCGCCUCAGCCACUCCUACUACAGCUAUAACACCACCCACAUCCUCGCCGCCACCGAAGAAGCGUCGGAGAGCGACGCUGGACGGACAGAAGAAGAAGACGCAGCAGCAGGUAGACACUAUCACGCUGCCGCCGCCGCCGACACGGAAUAGGAAGAUUAUACAGAUGAAGCCGGCUGCUGCUUCCAGCGGCGGUAGCGGUGGUGGUGGUGGGGAUGCGAAGUCGGCGGCGGCGUCGGGGACGAAAGGGGGAAGGAAAGGUGCUGCGAAGGAUAACGGGAAGGGAGGUACAGGAGCAGGAGGAGUAGGGGGAGGAGAGGAAGGGGGGAAGGAGGGGACAAAGGCGACGACGGCGGUGGGCAGGAAGAUUGCGAGGAAGACGGCGCACAGUCUGAUUGAGCGCCGGAGGAGGUUUAAGAUGAAUGAGGAGUUUGGCGUGCUGAAGGGCAUGAUUCCGGCGUGUAAUGGGGUGGAGAUGCAUAAGCUUGCGAUUCUUCAGGCAAGCAUCGAGUACCUCAAAUACCUCGAACAGUGCGUCGCCGACCUCAAAGCCUCCAACAGCGCCGCAACCCACAAAAACAAAGUCCCCACGCUCCCGCCCGGCGGCUACAGCGACGACAACGAUGACGAGGACGACGACGACGACAAUGAUGACGCAGAGGACGGGGUGAAUGACGCGAAUGAUGAGGAUAUGGCCGACAUGGAGGAGGUGCCGGUAGCUGGGACAUGCAGUACGGAAGUGCAGCCAACCAGCACCGCUGCUGCUGCUACUACUACUACAUCUACGGCUGCAAGCUACUACCCAGCGCCGGCGUCUGAACACGCAUCGCCCUAUCUGAGCUGCACAAACGCGCACGAGUACUCGCCCACGUCCACAUCGCAGUUCUCGCUCUCCAACUCCACACCCACAUACACCCCCUCCCACCCACAGUCACAGUCACAGCCACAGCAGCUCCCCCAGCCACACAUCAUGUCCGCCCACCCCUCGCCCACGCUGUACCCCCGCUCCGGCGGUGGUGGCCGCGCGUCGAUAGCGCCCUCGCCAAACCUGUAUCCGCAGCCGUCGCCGGGCCUGUAUCCGCUGUCUGCGUCGGCGGCUACGUCGCCGAACCUGUUCCCGCAGCUGGCGUCGCCGGGGCUGUUUCCGAAGGGGUAUUCGCUCGCCGAUCAGGUGGAUACGGAGGCGACGCAUGCGCUGCUGCUGCUGGCGGACGGGAGUAGACGGGGGAGUGAGGUUGCCGCAGGUGCGGCGGGUGGUAGGCAGAGUGGUGGUAGUGGUGUAAUACCGGAGAAGAAGGGGCGGGGGAUGAGUGUGAUGGAUCUGCUCAGUUCGUGA